UCUCACACACACAAAACACUCUCUAUAUCUAUACAUCUAUAUAUAUAUCUAUAUAUAUUCUGUAUCUAUAUAUCUCCGGCGAUGGUUACCGACGUAAAUUACCUCUGUUCUCUAAUGAAUCAACAACAAGCGAUAAUGAACGAUUCGAGAUCAACGGCUCUGAUUACUCGUGACUUGCUCGGCGGCGGCGGCGGCGGCGGUGGUUGCGAUGUUGAUUCCGGCAAGGAAUUGGACCUCGAUUUACAUGUUCCGUCUGGCUAUGAAAAACGCCUCGAUUUGAAGUCAGGAAAAGUUUAUCUGCAAAGAUGCAAAUCACCAAACACAUCAUCUACAUCAUCUGAUCAUAAACAGCAAGACAGUAAUGAUCAAACAAUGUCUAAGCUUCAAGACCUAAACUUCCCUCCAUCAUUGAAAAAGCCAUUGAACCUAUUCGACGAUACUAGUUUAGAUCUAAACCUUGUGAAUCUAUCGUCACCAUCGCCACCUGCUUACAGGAGCGUAUGCACUUUGGACAAGGUGAAAUUUGCUUUGGAACGUGCAGAACGAGAGACUAUCAAGAAACGAUCUGUGUCUGUUUCAAAGUCCUGCUCUUCCCCUGCCUCAAACUCUUCGUCUUCUUUUAAAGAAACUAUGGUUAUUGAAGAUGAUGAUCAGGAUGAAAAAUCUUCUCAGGCUUAUGCUGCUGGUUGUCCAAGCUGUUUAUUGUAUGUGCUUAUAUCUCGAAGCAAUCCUAGAUGUCCCCGUUGCAAUAUGAACGUGCCAUCCCCUACGGCGAUGAAGAAACCCCGAAUUGAUCUUAACAUUUCUAUAUGAAUUAGUGGCAGUGGUUUUGCUGAAGUUAAAUAUUUCUUGUAAAUGAUAUUAGCCAUCAGGGGGGAAUAGAAAAAUAGUUUUGAGUUAGUGAAAAAAGAAAAUUUAUAUGUAUACAUUAUCAAUGAUCCCCAUCUCUUUAUUAGUUUAUAUAAUAUAAUUCUCACCUUUAAAUC